UCACCUUUGUCACCUAGCAGAAAGGCUAAGCCAAUACACACACACAAACCCCUCAAGUUGGAUUGCCACCCAUCUCCCCUAGUGCAAGAAGUGUCCUUGUUCCCAUUAGCUGCCUCUUGUUCCAUUUGAUCUCCUCCAGAAAAAAGAAGAAAGUAUCCUUCCUCACCACUACUGGUAUUGGUUCUUGGUGAGCAUCCAUUCUUGACCAUUUCCACAGUGUCAAGGGAGUAUCAAAAUUGGAAGCAUUUGGGCAGCUAUAUAGCUUUCUGAUCUCCAAGCUAGUUUCUGAAUUAGUUUGACAUGAGCAGGGGUGCUUCCAUGGAUGCAAUCAGCCUGGAUGAGUGGGAGCUCCUGCCUGACAACACGAGCUCCUUCUUCAUGGAGGAGUUCGUCAGUGAUCAUGGCACUAUUGAUGAUGAUGAGACCAAGAAUCCAUUUCUGCCAUUUCAAACAUCAGAAGAGGUCUAUGUAGGUGAUCCUGUUAUCAAGUUCAAGGACAUCGAUGUCAUGAAGAUCAAACCAGAUCGAGAAGAGGUCAUGCCUCAAGUGAUUGAGAUAUUUGAUGCAGAAGAGGAGGAAGAGAUGAUCAAGAGUCCUGUCGGUGCAAAGGAAGUUGAUGAGGAGGAGGUGAUCGUUGUAGUGCCAUCUGACCAAUGUAUUGAAGAGGAAGAAGGGGUCCAGAAAGACAGGGAACAUGAUGGUUUCAGUGUGGGGAAGCUGAGAGUGAAUGGUGUUGGGGCUCUCUGCUCAUUUGGGGUUGCAGCUGCCACCUUAUGGAUCUUCCUGCUUGGUGGCAGGCAGCAGCAGCUGAGCAAGAGGCAGAAUCAGAAGACCCAGUCCCAGAUGUAUGCCGAUAAUGAGAGAAUUCAGCAGGUUGUGCAGCAAGCCUCAAGACUGAACCAAGCUGUAUCAACAGUAAUGGGAGGUGCAGCAGCAAGGGCAAGCAUAUCAUUUGGUGGCUACUAUGAUGGAUUCUAAUGUGUUAGAAACCUUGAUAUAAUCUUUCUUCUGUGCACGAUCAAUUAUUAGAUAGAGUGUAUCUCCAAAAAAAAAAAGUAUUGGUCUAGUGUUAUAUGAUAGACAUUUAUAUUCUCAUAUUCUUUAUAUUGGUUAGGGCCAAGUGUCCUUCAUGUACAAUAUCACUGCAACCUACCUCCCUGUGUAUUUUCAGAUUACCUACUAGAUGUAAAUAUUUUGGUUGAUAU